UGCCAAAAAAUAGUAAAAAUGAAUUCUUUACUUUACAUUUUAUUUAUAACUUUAAUUAGUAGAAAUAAUGCUCUGCCCCAACGAGCAGGCGGGGGAUAUUAUAAUUUAAUAGAUUUUUUAUAUGACGAUAUAGAAGAAAACAGUAUUUAUGGAAGUCAAACGAUAGACGUGUCCAGUUUGGGACCCGAAGCUUACGGACUACCGAAGAAUGAAAGCGGUUACGCACUAGCCAACUGGUCGGAGUCCUCUCUCAUGAACCCGGAGGAGGUUGGGGAUUACGCGGAGGGGGACAUCCUCAUGCCUCCUCCACAAGGGAGGAACGGCGUCAGGGAGGAGGUGUUACGCUGGCCGCAGGGACACAUCCCUUAUGUCAUUGAGGGAUAUUUCAGCUCGGAACAGCGUGAGACCAUUCUGAGGGCGAUAGCUGACUACCACAGACUGACUUGCCUACGCUUCGUGCCCUACAACGGACAGAAGGACUACAUCACCAUACAGAGCAAGAACACUGGCUGCUGGUCUAGUGUUGGUAGAAUUGGUGGUCGUCAAGAAGUGAACCUGCAGUCUCCCGGCUGCGUGUCGAAGAAGGGCACGGUGCUGCACGAGCUGCUGCACGCCGUCGGCUUCAUGCACGAGCAGAGCCGCCCCGAGCGCGACGACUUCGUUACUGUGCGCUACAAUAACAUCAAGCCUGGUUCUGAGAGCAACUUCAGGAAGGCGACCAAGAAGCAGACGAAUGACUUCAGCGUGCCGUACGACUACAACAGCGUGAUGCACUACUCCGAGUACGCCUUCUCCAAGAACCAGCAGAAGACCAUCGAGCCCAGGGUUGGAGGCGUGAAACUCGGACAGCGAGAGGGACUAAGUCGCGGUGACGUUAAGAAAGUCAACCUUAUGUACAACUGUAAGAAAGAAGAGCCACAAAACGGUUGGCUGGGAGGAGUUUUCCAGAACUGGUUCGGAGCUAAAUCGCGUUAAUUUAUUAUUAUUUAUCACUUAUCCGUAUUUAAAUCACAAAGAUCUGAUAGUUGUAAGUGUUCUAGUCUUCAUGUUUGUAUGAAUUAAAGAGUUUAUUAUUUA